UAGAACCGAGCAGUCGCCAUGCGAGCGCACGUACGUACAGUGGCCCAGUGUCUAUGUGUGAAGUGAAAAAGCACAAGGAAUAUGGUGAAAAGCGGUGGAAGGCAGUGCCCAAGAAAGUAAAAUACGAAAAUAGAUAUAGAAAUAGAAAUAGCCAUAGUGAACGCAUAUAAGCGAUUACAUAAAGCCCAGCUAUUAUCCCGAACAUCAAGCAACCAGAAUUACAACUGCAGCGGAUAGUAAACAACUUAUGGCCAAUGUUUAGAGACGCAUCGCAAAAUGUAAAGCAAUAAUCAACACAACAAAGCCAAAGCUCACAAUAGAAGUAGACGAAAAAUCUGAGGAGCGAGGAGACGAGCUGAGGCGAUGCCAAAUGCCAUUAUUGGAAACGGUCGUAGUCAUAAGAUUUGCAUAGCAUAGCAAUAGCAAUACCAAUAGGCAUCAUGAAAGCCCCCAGCGUGAUAAGCACAACAACAAAAACAGCAUCAGCAAUAGUAGAUACUACGCACAAAAUGGUUAACAAAGGGAACGGUGACAAUAUUAACGGUAAACUGAGCGAUCCGCUCGCCUGAAAAGUGAGACAGACAUAUGAGCAGUGUUCGAAAAUCGAGUGAGAAGCCAGCUAAGAGAGAGCGAGGAAUGAAGCAGCCCUAAGGACCUCGGCAAGGACGAAGGACCAACAGCAACCAGAGGCAGCCGCUGCAGCAACCAACCAAACGACGACAAUCAGUCAAGAUGAGUGAUGAUCAAGCGGUGUCCAACGAUGAGAAAGCUGUCGCCAAGCACCAGGUCGUUGCGUAUACGCAGAGGUCGCAGGUCAAGCACGAGAACCGGCACAUCCAACUGGUGCGUGAGUACGGCUUCCACCCGCGCACCAAGGCCUCCGUGGAGGACGGCGACGUGCUGCCCCGCAAGUUCGAGCCCUUUCCGGAGCACAUGUACGGCAAGCCGCUGGAGGAGAUUGACACCUUCAUAUACGAGGAGACCUUCUGCGUGGUGUCCAAGCGGUUCCGUAAGAACUACAUCCACCGCUUUACGGGCACAAAGAGCCUGUUCCUCUUCUACCCAUGGAGCCCGGCGCGGCGCGUGUGCGUCUACAUCGCCACGAACCAGUUCUUCGACUACUGUGUCAUGGCCACCAUCCUGUUCAACUGCAUCUUCCUGGCCAUGACGGAAACGGUGGAGGAGGCGGAGUACAUCUUCCUGGCCAUCUACUCCAUCGAGAUGGUCAUCAAGAUCAUCGCCAAGGGCUUUCUGCUCAACAAGUACACGUACCUGCGCAACCCGUGGAACUGGCUGGACUUUGUGGUCAUUACCAGCGGCUACGCCACCAUCGGCAUGGAGGUGGGCAACCUGGCGGGACUUCGCACCUUUCGCGUGCUGCGCGCCCUCAAGACGGUGUCCAUAAUGCCUGGAUUGAAGACGAUCAUCAACGCGCUGCUACACUCCUUCCGUCAGUUGGCGGAGGUCAUGACCCUGACCAUUUUCUGCCUGAUGGUGUUCGCGCUCUUCGCCCUGCAGGUCUACAUGGGCGAGCUGCGCAACAAGUGCGUGCGCCAGGUGCCCACCGACUGGACAAACGUGUCUCACGCGGAUUGGCAUAUCUGGGUCAACGACACCGACAACUGGCUUUACGACGAGGAUGAACUGCCCGUGCUGUGCGGCAACUUGACCGGAGCCCGCCACUGCCCUUUUGAGUACGUGUGCCUAUGUGUGGGCGAGAAUCCCAAUCAUGGCUACACCAACUUUGACAACUUUAUGUGGUCCAUGUUGACGACGUUCCAGCUAAUCACAUUGGAUUACUGGGAGAACGUGUACAAUAUGGUGCUGGCGACCUGUGGGCCCAUGAGCGUCUCAUUUUUCACGGUGGUGGUCUUUUUUGGCUCGUUCUAUUUGAUCAACCUAAUGCUGGCCGUGGUGGCCUUAAGUUACGAGGAGGAGGCCGAGAUAACGAACGAGGAACGGAAGAAGGACCUGCUGGACCAUCGAGACGACUCCACGUUUAGUUUCGAUCCGUCGGUGCUAAACGUGAAGAAACUCAACAAGAACAACAAGAAGAAAAUCGACUCCCGGAAAGGCGUGCUCCUGGCCUCGUAUAGCAAGAAGAAGACGCGGCGAAAAAAGGGCAAGGGCGGCAAGGAAGGUGGAACCAAUGGUAAUGGAAACGGCAGCAAUGGCAACGACCCCAAGUCCCACUCUGCUACUCCGAGUCCGGGCCCAAGUCCUCGGCACAGCGCCACGGAACGUCCCUCGGCACUCACCCUGCAGGCCCAGAAACAGUACCAGCAGAUGGAGCAGCAGCACCAGCUGGCCAAAGCAACAGGUGGCGACGCCAACACUGCCUCCGCUCCCACUCCAAAGGGACGCAUCAGCUUUCAGGACAGCGGCGUGGGUGUGAAGAAUCCCAACAUGCUUUACCCCUCGGACUAUAAGGGCCAGCUCAUCGCUAGCAGCCGGCAGGCGAGCUCUAACUCUAGUGGCGUUAAUCGCGAGUCCUCGCAGGACGACUCCGGGGUGGUGGACGAUCAUGAGGAGCAGGAUACGGCCAACGAGCUGGGCCACGUAUCUACCGUGGAGCUCGCUCUUUCUCCCCGUGAAGUGCGCCUCAUCAAGUGCAACGGGAACAUAGCCCGCAUCAAGAACCACAAUGUGUACACUUUGCACCAAGAAUUCUCCUCGGAGGUGGUUGUGAUCGAUGAUUUGCCCGACCGGAACUGUGAUCGCUGUGUUCACUGGUGCACCGACUACGAGAGCUGGCUACAGUUCCAAAACUGCCUAUAUAAAGUGGUGCGAGAUCCGCUCUUUGAACUGGCCAUCACUCUUUGCAUCGUGUUAAACACCGCCUUCCUGGCCAUGGAACACCACGGGAUGAGCGAAAGCUUUCGCAACGCCCUGGAUGUGGGAAACAAGGUCUUUACGUCCAUUUUUACGUUCGAGUGCAUUGUUAAGCUAAUGGCGCUGUCCAAGGACUUUUUCCUGUGUGGCUGGAAUAUCUUUGAUCUGCUGAUAGUCACUGCGAGUUUGCUGGACAUCAUCUUCGAGCUGGUCGACGGCCUUAGUGUCUUGCGCGGCUUGCGAUUGCUGAGGGUAUUGAAACUAGCUCAAUCGUGGACUACAAUGAAGGUGCUCCUAAGCAUUAUAAUCUCAACGAUCGGUGCCCUCGGCAACCUCACGCUGAUUUUGGUUAUAGUCAUUUACAUAUUCGCCGUCAUCGGCAUGCAAUUAUUCUCCAAAGAUUAUACGCCCGAGAAGUUCGACCCGGAUCCAGUACCAAGAUGGAAUUUCAAUGACUUCUUUCACUCGUUCAUGAUGAUAUUUCGCAUUCUGUGCGGCGAAUGGAUCGAGCCUCUCUGGGACUGCAUGCGUGCCGAGGAGGAGCAAGGAGCUUCCACCUGUUUUGCCAUAUUUCUGCCGACACUCGUCAUGGGAAAUUUUAUGGUGCUCAACUUGUUCUUGGCCUUGUUACUCAACAGUUUUAACUCCGAGGAGCUUAAGUCGAAAAAAGAGAUUUUCAAGAAGAAGGAAGUGGGCGAGGAGUCCAAGUUAGCGAGGAGCAUUGAGCGCGUGCGCGACCUGAUUCGCAAGAAGCGGCAGGAGCGCAAGGAUCGCAAGGAGCGCAAGUUUGCGGAUAAGUUUCAACAAAUUGUACUUGAUGCCCAGCAGGCGCAUGCUCAGGCUCACUCCCAGCAGACUACAGUGGGUCUGGAGAGCGGCGACAAAACGGGUGUGCUGGCGGAAACCAAGAUGCACAGACUAAGCUACCAGGAGUCUAUGAAUCGGCCAGUCUCCGGCUCCGACUUUGGCUUCCAAAUCCCGCUGCACGACGGCUUGCAUACGAUAGUUGAUGGUCUCGAGUAUGAUGACACAGGAGAAUUGCCAGAGCAGAUCCAGCUGCAGUCACAUCCACUGCCACCCACGUCAGACUUGCUGCCUCCCACAUACGAGAGUGCAAUGAUGGCUGCCUCCGCCGCCUUUCCAGCCGUAAACGGGAAUGGAAAUAGCAACGGAAACGGUCAAAAUCUGACGCCUUUCGCCAAUUCGGAGCGCCGGCUGCAGCACCAAAUCUCCUCGGGAGUUAGCACACAGCUGAACGAUUCCCGAGAAGAGGCAACCUACACAGAGUCUAUUGAGCUGCGCAUGCUGGGCCAAUAUAACUCAACGGACACGGAUCCGUACGCCAACGAUCAGCGAAGCGGCUGUGGCUCAUUUAACCGCGCGGACUCUCUGCAGGACAACUCCUCUCGGCGCUACGGAAGCGAAGAACACGACGAGGCCUAUCUCAAGUACCAGAAGUCUCUUCUGACGCGAUCGCCAAGUUACCGAAAGUCGCUGGACCGCCUUUCCCAAUCCAGCGGCCAAUCUCAGCGAUCACUGCUCAAGUCGGAGGAGAUUGAGUUGCGGCGGCAUUCGAGUGGCCAGUCAUUGAACUCUAUAUCGAUCGAGCAGGACGAACUGCUUUCGCAGCAGGGGAAUCUGCGCGAGGAACUGCUCAACUGCGACCAAAAGGAUCUCUUUCUGUUUCUGCAGGAGGACGACGAGAUGCAAAAGGGUCCAAACCUGAGCUGCAUCUCGAGCGCCAUAAGAUCUCGACGUCCCUCGAUUCAGUUGGGACAGCCAGAGAGCGAGGCACUGAUAGAGCACUCCGAGUUUGACAACAUUAUCCAGAGCUUCGAGAAGGAGCUGGAGGAGAUCAAGCGCUCUACCACGUCAUUGGAACGCAAGCUUUCCAAUCUUUCAGAGCCCUCGCCGGCAGCCGAUGAAGCAACAAAGGCUAUAAUGGAGCACAUUGCCAUCAUCACGGGCGCCUCGGAACGCUCGGCCGCCGACGAGGUGGUGCACCCAUUAAAUCCCUAUGACAGUUACGACUUGUCAAGCGUUCCACGGCGUUCGCAAUCCGUCAGCGCAGCCGCUCAGCGCCAGUCUGUGAAACUGAAGCGUCGAAGCCUGGAAAAGCAGCGUAAGAUAGACGAGGACUUCAGUAUUUCCAACGAAAUACGCAAAAUCUGUGAUCAAAUUCACGCCCCCUUCGUGGCUAUGGAAGCCAUGGCGGUGGCAGCCACCAGCGCCAGCCAGGUGACGCAACCCAGUCAAUCACCCUUUCUUCGACGCAAGAUCGAUCCGUUCACGGUGCAGUUUGAUCGCUUCAAGCGGCUCUCCCUUAUUGAGCGCGUGGAGGAGCUGCCAGAGGAGGAGAAGCCCAUCUCGACACUGCGCAUCGAGUCGGAGAAGAUGCCGCGCAAGUUUCUCCGCGGACACGACCAACUGCGCCUGGACAGCCUCUCGCUAAAGAGCACCAACUCGUACGAAAAUCUGCUCAUUCAAAAGCAGAAGCUGGCACGUACACCCUCUGCCGUUCGCGCCACGCCGCCCACCUCUUUGAAAUCGAGCAUAGAGCCACCGACACUGGCGCAAAUUUCAUCGCUAAAGACCACUCCGCCGCUAGCUGCUCUUACCGAGCACCAGCAGCACUUUCAUGCCACGAGCAUCCAAGCAGCACCCACUCACGGUACCGGUCACAUCCAUGCCCAUGCCCAUGCCCACUCGCAGGCAAAUGCUCUUCCGAUGGCUGGGCCGGGGCGACGCCCGGAGCAUCCGCAAUCGACGCUAGACAAAGCCGCAUCCUUCCAGUCCGCGCGCACCGAGUCGCACAGCUCGGGAGCGGUCGAAACGAGCUCAGCCAUGGCCCAAAAGGCUGAGCAGUCGCAGUCUGCGGCGCCAGAGGCCACACAGAAGCCGUCGGCAUUCACGCGACUGACCGAAAAACCAUGGCAUUGUUUGGUUUCCUACGUAGACGAUCUCACUGUCGGUGGGAGACGUAACUCGCAGGGAGCUUACAAUGAUCCCAUGACUUUUCCGAGCUACGGGGCCACGAAGGCGCCCAAGGUGCCCGACGACUGUUUUCCCCAGAAGUGCUACGAUCACUUCUUCUUCCGCUGCCCCUGGUUUAUGAGCUGUAUGGACACGCAAAGCGCGAAGCACUGGACGCGCGUGAGGACGGCUGUCUUGGCGGUUGUCGAUACUCCGGCCUUUGAGUGGUUUGUGCUGGUGCUGAUCUUUGCGUCGAGUAUCACGCUCUGCUUCGAGGACAUUAACUUGGACAAGAAUAAGACGCUGAAGCGCGUGCUCUACUGGAUAAAUUUUUCCUUCUGCCUGAUAUUCGUCGUGGAGAUGAUCCUCAAGUGGCUCGCAUUGGGUUUCUCAAAGUACUUUACCAGCUUCUGGACCAUACUCGACUUCAUUAUAGUGUUUGUGUCGGUUUUCUCGCUGCUCAUUGAGGAGAACGAGAACCUGAAGGUACUGCGCUCGCUGCGCACCUUGCGAGCUCUGCGCCCGCUGAGAGCUAUCUCUCGGUGGCAAGGAAUGCGGAUUGUAGUAAACGCUCUCAUGUAUGCAAUACCAUCAAUUUUCAAUGUACUUUUGGUUUGUUUAGUUUUUUGGUUGAUCUUCUCAAUAAUGGGUGUUCAGUUCUUUGGUGGUAAAUUUUUCAAGUGCGUCAAUGAGAUGGGCGAGUUACUGCCGAUAACUGAGGUCAACGACAAAUGGGACUGCAUCGAGCAGAACUAUACGUGGAUAAACUCUAAAAUAACCUUCGACCACGUAGGCAUGGGCUAUCUGGCCCUGCUGCAAGUGGCCACCUUUGAGGGCUGGAUGGAGGUGAUGGCCGACGCAGUGGACGCCCGCGGAGUAGACCUGCAACCGCAGCGAGAAGCCAAUCUAUAUGCUUAUAUUUAUUUUGUUAUAUUUAUUGUGUGCGGAUCGUUUUUCACACUCAAUCUGUUCAUUGGAGUUAUUAUCGAUAACUUCAACAUGCUCAAAAAGAAGUAUGAAGGAGGAGUGUUGGAAAUGUUUCUCACCGAAUCUCAAAAACACUAUUACACGGCUAUGAAAAAAUUGGGACGAAAGAAACCACAGAAAGUUAUUAAGCGACCUAUAAAUCAUUUUUUAGCUAUGUUUUAUGAUUUAUCCAAUUCGAGAAGGUUCGAGAUCGCGAUCUUUGUACUGAUUUUUCUCAACAUGCUUACCAUGGGCAUCGAACACUACGAUCAACCGCAUGCGGUCUUCUUUAUCCUGGAAGUGAGCAACGCCUUCUUCACCACGGUCUUCGGGCUGGAAGCCAUUGUGAAGAUCGUGGGCCUGCGCUAUCACUACUUCACGGUGCCGUGGAACGUGUUCGACUUUCUGCUGGUGCUGGCCUCCAUCUUCGGCAUUCUCAUGGAAGACAUCAUGAUCGACCUGCCCAUCAGUCCGACGCUGCUGCGCGUGGUACGAGUCUUCCGAAUCGGGCGCAUCCUGCGCCUGAUUAAGGCCGCCAAGGGCAUCCGUAAGCUGUUGUUUGCCCUAGUGGUGUCGCUGCCCGCCCUCUUCAACAUUGGGGCCCUGUUGGGACUGAUUACGUUCAUUUAUGCGAUCCUGGGCAUGUCGCUGUUCGGAAACGUAAAGCUCCAGGGCGCCCUCGACGAUAUGGUAAAUUUCCAGACCUUCGGGCGAAGCAUGCAGCUGCUGUUCCGGCUGAUGACCUCGGCUGGGUGGAACGACGUGCUCGAGUCGCUGAUGAUCCAGCCUCCAGACUGUGACCCCUUCAUCCACGGACAAACGAACGGCAACUGCGGCCAUCCGCUGCUGGCCAUUACCUACUUUACGAGCUUCAUUAUCAUUAGCUACAUGAUUGUGAUCAAUAUGUACAUUGCCAUCAUCCUGGAGAACUUUAAUCAGGCGCACCAGGAGGAGGAGAUCGGCAUUGUCGAGGACGAUCUGGAAAUGUUUUACAUUCGCUGGUCCAAAUACGAUCCACAUGCCACCCAAUUUAUACACUUCUCGCAACUGUCCGAUUUUAUUGCCUCUCUCGAUCCACCAUUGGGCAUCUCGAAGCCCAAUAAUGUCGCUUUAGUGUCAUUUAAUCUGCCCAUUUCUAAGGGCAAUAAAAUACACUGCCUCGACAUUUUGCACGCGCUCGUGAAGCACGUGCUAGGUCAUGUCGAGGAGACCGAUAACUUCAAGCAGUUGCAGGAACAAAUGGAUGUCAAGUUCAAGAAACAGUUUCCAACGCGCAAAGAAUUGGAAAUUGUUUCGUCGACGCGGAUCUGGAAGCGCCAGGAAAAGGCGGCCAAGACCAUUCAGACUGGCUGGAAGGAAUAUUUGCGGCGCAAGCGGGAGAAGGAGCGCUCCAACUCCGGGGACAGUGCCACCCAGACUUCCAGUCCAGGCGGAUGGCAAUCGAAGCUCUCAGCGUUAAACUUCUUCCACCUACAGGUGAGUCGCCGUGGCACCGCCUGCUCCAGUCGUGCCUCGUCACGGAAAUCCUCGCGUGCCUCUGACGCCUCAGAUCUCAGCGAAUUGGCCGGGCCCUGGUUGAACCUGCCCCUGAUGCUCGUCUCGGGGGCCGACGACGUGGUCAAGGACAUCAAGCAGCAGAGCGACGAGCUAGGCAAACGCGGUAGCAUAUUUGUGGAAGCGCCUAGAGCAAGUCGUCGCCGAAGCUUUUAUAAUUUCUUUUUGCGUCAUCAGGAUGCUGUCGAUGACAGCUUAACCUCACCUUCAGUACAUAGAAAAACUGCUAUGAACAACACGACCAACACCACCUCAACCUCCGCCUCUGCCACGGCCUCCUCCACCGCCACAGCCUGCGCCACUGGUUGUGGCACCUCAGCCACCUCCGCCUCCGAAGGCGACCGACACCAGGGUGGGGGAGGGCCGACUCCCUCACGUAAGCGCGCCUCUAGUUUCAUUCGCAAGAAACCGCCCCUAGAAAGAGCCGAGGCACCUGCCCCCGAGGUGAUCGUCACGAGGCCAUCGCCGGACCAACAGAUGCACCCGCACUCGCUCAGCUUGCGACCGGACAACGCCACCCUGGUGCAUGUGCUGGUGCAUCGCGAGAGCGAAGAGUACAAGGAGGAGGAUGAGAGCAGACCAUCCUCGCCUGGAAACGGAAAUGGUAAUUGUAGUGGCCUGGAGAGGCUAAACAAGCAGGCGCCACCUCAGAUACGGAUUAGCACCGGCUCGGUGGAAAGCACCAUGGACACGUGCACAAUGCCCACGGUGCAGAUCAUGGUGGACAGCCCCAAGGACCCGCCGCGUGGGGACUUCAGCACCGAGCUUGCCGCACAUGCUGCAGGAGCCAUCGAGGAUGUAGAUAUGCCCAUCGAUGUAAAUGUACAAGGCGACACAUCGCAGGUGUUCUACGACUACAGCCCCGACAAGUCCACUAGUGACCGCCUAGAAGAGGAGGAGCAGAAGGAAGCGCAGGACGAGGCACCACCAGCCAGAGAGAGAUGACCUCCGGUCAAAAUACCGCAGCGGGAUUCAGGGCGGCGCUCCAGUAGUAGCAGCCAGAGUAGCAGCUGCAGCAGCGCCAGGAGCAGCUCGUCCUCCUCGUCGUCGUCGACGGCAUCGGCAGCUCCCGCGGCGCGUCGUCCGAGUUGACAACCUCCAGUCUGAGUGCGUAUUAAAUGCCGAUUCCUGUGUGCAUUUGUGUCAGAACUCGUAGUUUUUUAGGCUUAGGAAUAGGCUUAGGCAUGGGGCUCGCCUCUUUGUUAUCAUAGUCGAUUACCUAUAUAAUUAUAUACUAGUCGCUUUAUACGAUAUACAUAUAUACACAUAUACAGAUACGGAGCUAUCCAAAUUUAUACAUACAAUAUCAAUCUAAGGAGGAAAUCAAUACUAACUAUGUUAACAAGAACGUGCAUUAAACCGUUGUAGUACUCGAAUCAAAUCAAAAAUCCGAAUGAGUCGGUGUCGGAAUCACCUACAUUAUGGUUAUUGUCACAAUCAGAAUUGAGUAAGAGGAGAUUCGUUGGUAGUUUACUGCCCGAUUUAGUCGUAAUCAGAUCGGUUGACCCACAGACGAAAGAAUGAAUGUAAGAUUUUGCACCGCAAUGUAUCCUAUUCUCCCUGCCGUGGGCCGACUUUUUUGAACAUUUUCGAAGGUUGUUUUUGAACUAUACAAUACAUAGAGAUUGGCAUUACAUGCAUACAUUACAUGUGUAACUAACUAUCGCGGUUAGAUCUAGGCUCAUAACUGUAGUGUUUGAUUUCAUAAUUAUCGACCUGCAUAUACGACGGUAUAUGUGAAUAGUAUCUAAAUACAUUUUGUACAUAUGCCAAAGGAAGUAUUUUAAACUAAAAAGCUAAUAUUAUAGUUACAGACAUUAGUUAGAGACAAUUUAUUGAAAUAUUUAUAAAGGUUUUUCGUUAAGAUAGCUCAUUAAAUUGCCGAUUACCAAUACAAUUACGAAAGCGAAUAUUAUCCAUUACCGAUUGUUCGAAGUACAAAAGCGAAGUAUUAGUAGAUUUGAUUAUUAUUAUAUUGUAUUGUACAUAUCUUAUGGCCCAUCCCAGAUUCCCUCCUUCUUUUCUUUUCUACAUCAAACUGUAAGAACUAAGCCAAAAAAUCAUGUCAAGUGAUGUACUCAACACUCUCACAUAUUUAAAUUAAAUCUAAUCCCAGUCGGGAUCUAGCCACUACACUGCACUUUUAUCGAAAUCGUUAUUAAAGCAAUCCAAGAAAACCCGAAAUCAAUCAGAAGAGCUACCAAAGUACCAGUGAGAAUAACUUUUAUAUUGUGACGCGCUUAGUUUAGUUUAUUUUCGAUUUAGUGUAGCCGAAACAAUUAAAUCAAAAGCAAGAUGCAACAAUUGUAGUCUCCUAUACAAAGAACAACCUACAAGCUUCCACAAGAACUCUAUUUUAGCAAAAUGAUUUACAAUUUACACUCGACUUCUUUUUACGAUUUAAAUAAUGGCUAGGUUGGGCCAAGUUUCCAAGAAACUCGCCUUGUUACUUUUUUACUUUUUAAGUGUUGUUCUCUCUCUUAAGUCUCCAUUGUGAUCGCAUUAAGUUUAAACAUCGAACAGGACAUGAGUUGAGAAGUGAAUAUUACGUAUUUCAAGCGGAAGAAUAUAACAAAUAUCAAAUACUGAAUUACAUGUGCACACUUUAUUCGACUCAAGUCGAGUCUACGCUACUCUUACUCUACUUUCAUAACUUAACAACAGACAAUCAGACAGCGAUUGAUAGUAAAUUGAAAUUCUAUGGUACCAACUAAAUCGUUUUCUCCAGGAACAAACAAACAAAUGAACACACAACAACUUAAUUGUGAUUUUAACUGCAAUUUUUACACAUAAAAUAAAACAACUAAGAUCAUAAUUUUUAAUUAGAAUUGUUAACAAAGGAAACAAAUCCAACAACAGACAGAAACCAAACACUCGUCAAUUAAGUGAUAUUUAAUAAUGGUACGUACUCGUAUUCGAUUGUACAUAAACGAAAAACGAUUAUGAUAAUGAUAACGAAAUAGCAAUAGAACCUCAUCCAACCACAAAAAAAAAGAUGAAAACUCAAAAAAAAGAGGAGUUUUAAUUUAAGUUAUCAUCAACAAAAAUCGAUUAAAAAGAUAUUACGAUUAGAGAGCGAGACGAGACCAAUCGGAGCAAUGCCAUGAUGUGCGAUGUUUAAUUUAGUCAUAAAGUAUAACGACAAUAAAAUGAAUGAGGCAUAUUCCAUUAAAUAGACACAAAUUCGAGGCGUCAUCGUUAACGAACCCAAAACUAAUAUUGACAACAGGCAGGCCACCCACACAGAAACCGGGGUAAUACCAACAAACGUAGCUCUAGAUAUUAUUGAAUCGUAGUUGUAAUCGCAGUAGACGAAGCUAUGCUCCCAGUCAAGUUAAGCCAAUAGCUAAUCGAACCAAUCGGAAACAGAAGAGGCAGAACCGAGUUCUAUGCAUUUAAAGCUCACGGCACCGCAAGCAGGACAUUAGGAUGAGCACCCGAGAUAAAGCGACAGCUGGAUGUAGGAGGCUGGAACACAUAAAGUACACAAAUAUAUACCUAUAGUUAGCAAUACGGCUGGUUUGAGUAGGCAUGCCUUACAGAAUACACGAUUUUAUUUAUAUAUACAUAUUUAUUGUUGAGAUUAAAGUAUAUACGAUCGAUAGAAGUUAACGUUUCAUCGGCCACGCUACCAGCAGUAAUAGAAGACGAAUAAUAACAUUUAAACCAGGAGCUAAGAAAAAAACGAAUCAGAAGUCGUAGGAUUGUUCAACACGCUCUGAGAACUAAGUCAAUUAUUUUUAUUUGCCGCUUUUAAGGUCCUAGUCCUAGUCCUAGUCCUGUAACAAUAACAGCAGCAGCUAAAGCGUAGUCAAGUGGAGAACUAAACUAAAGUUAAAUAACAAUUCGUAUUCUAGCUUUGCUUAAUCAUUGCCUGCGCUUCGUUCGCUUCAUACACGCUCCAAUGGAUCAACUCAGAAUUUUGGUCCGUUGCUGUCGGAAAUCAUUAAAAACAAUAAUUAGGCUGAAAAUUGUUAACAGAUUAUGACCGCAUAGUUUGCAUAAAUUUCCACUCGGAUUUCCAUUGCCGUUGAUUGCCUCGUUAGCCCUUUAGAUCCGUGAAAUUCGAUUUGGUCAGCUACGCUCAGUUCAUCUCUGACUUAAAUAAAAGAUUUAUGAUAGACAAGGGAGAUGCAGAAAAUAAAAAUUAACCAUUAAACAUAAGAUGUGACUAAGACACAUUUUGAACCGAAUCAUAUCAAAUCAAAACAAAAGGAUAACCAAGUAAAGGGAAUAACUAAUGACAACUCUAAAAAGCGUAAAUCUAAUAUUUGAAAUUAAAUAUUUACUCCGGUACAAAUGGUACAGUAAAGAUAUUCGUUUAUACAAUAUUUACUGUCUAUAUAAUCAUUAUAUACUACUUACUUACUGAAAAUUAUUAAGGGUUUUGUUCAAUUUCAUUAUUCGUAUGUUAAUAAAAACAAUUUCCAACUAA